UCAGUCGUCGUCUGUCCGUCCUCGUACAUUCGGGUCGAUUAGAACGGAGCUUCAGUCCGCACUGGACUUUCCGUUUCUAGAUUAUCUCGACACUUUUACUUUUCGUGUUUCAAGAACUUUUCUGUUUUUUUUCUCAUGUUAAUUUGAUCAUCGUGACGUGAAAAUGCGCUAAAAUAUAUCUAUGGAGAAACUACAUGGAAGCGACAUGUCUUCUGCGACGCUUUUAUCCGUUUUAUUUUCUAUACUUUUCAGCUGUGCUUCAAAUGCCCAGAGAAGUUUAGAAUUCUUCGAUCUCUUACCGGAAGAUCCUAAAUUUUAUGAUAAAAUGCGACCUCCCAAGAAAGAUGGUCAGGCAACUGUCGUGUAUUUUCAUGUUACUGUAAUGGGACUCGAUUCUAUUGAUGAAACUUCGAUGACGUAUGCAGCCGACAUUUUCUUUGCUCAAACUUGGAAAGAUAAUAGACUUCGAUUGCCAGAAAAUAUGACAUCCGAGUAUAGAUUAUUAGAAGUUGAUUGGUUGAGAAAUAUGUGGCGGCCGGAUUCUUUUUUUAAAAACGCAAAAUCGGUAACUUUUCAAACAAUGACGAUACCAAAUCAUUACUUAUGGUUGUAUAAGGACAAAACCAUUCUUUACAUGGUGAAAUUGACUUUAAAACUUUCUUGCGCAAUGAAUUUUCUUAUUUAUCCUCACGAUACGCAAGAAUGCAAACUGCAAAUGGAAAGUUUGUCGCACACAACAGAUGAAAUGAUCUUUCAAUGGGAUCCUGAUGUCCCACUUGUCGUAGAUGAAAAUAUUGAAUUGCCCCAGUUGCAGCUUGUUAAAAAUUACACAGCUGACUGCACGCAAGUCUAUUCUACUGGUAAUUUUACUUGUCUCGAAGUCGUAUUCGUGCUAAAGCGACGUCUCGGUUAUUACUUGUUCCAUACUUACGUGCCAACUUGUUUAAUCGUCAUCAUGUCGUGGGUAUCGUUUUGGAUAAAACCUGAGGCCGCACCUGCCAGAGUUACUUUAGGAGUCACCUCGUUACUCACUUUGUCGACUCAGCAUGCGAAAAGUCAAGCCUCGUUACCGCCUGUUUCAUAUUUGAAAGCAGUGGAUGCUUUCAUGUCAGUCUGCACUAUAUUCGUAUUUAUGGCAUUGAUGGAAUAUUGUCUGGUGAACAUCGUCCUUGGCGAUUCAGAUACACCUGCAAAAUCUGCGUCUCCACCGCCGCCGCCGCCACCAUCGCUGCCUUCUUCAAGCACUGCAGAUUCGGCUAAGCUUGACAAGAUCUUUGACAUCGCUGCCAAAGUACAGGAGGCUGUCUAUAUAAUGAAGAUACAAGUUGUGAUCAUUAUCACACAGGAAAACGCAAUGUUGUUAUCCUGCCGAUCGCAGAAAUCAUCACCGGCUGGCCCACCACCUGGACCCACACCGGCUCAAAGGGCGCGAAUACGAGCAUUGAACAUCGAUCGCGUCUCUCGUAUUUUCUUUCCCUUUCUGUUUGCUGUACUGAAUGUCACCUACUGGAUCAUGUUUGCUGAAUACAUUUAAACGAUGAUGAAUCAAAUGAAGAUAUCUAUGGAAGAUCACACAAUAGUAAGUACUUGAAACGAAGAAAGAAGGCAAGUUUUCUUUAAUAGUAUUUAGAAGAAAAAACUCCAGUAAUAGUAUCAAAAAAAAUCAAAAUAAUAUUUAAGAAAUCUCUCGAAAAAGAAGAAUAAUAAACUUUCUGAAAACUUUACUUUAAUGCAAUGCAUAUUUUAAUAGUAUCCAUAAACAAAUUCGGGUGGGAAAUUUACACUAAUAUUAAACUUUUUUUGCAAUAAUGAUGGUAAAAAGUUGGGAUUUGAAGAUAUAAUUAGUACAAAUAAUAGAAUUAUAGUUUAGUGAUAGUUUUAUAAUAAAAGAUAAAUCUCUCUUUUUUUAAAUCGUUUCUAAUAGAAAUGUCGAAAAUUUCAGAAUGUUUCUAGAAAAAAUAACAUUAUGUUCCUUCACUAAUAGCUUCAUAUAUUAUUUUUAUAUAUAUUUUAUAUUAUGCGAAAAAAGUCUAAACAUCUUCAAUUGUCUUAAUUUUUUAUUGCAAAAAAUACCAUACAUUCCUCUAAAGUAUGUGCUUGCUGCGAUCUGUGAGUAAGUUAACAAUUUAUGAAUUGUCUGGAUUUAUAUGAUGUGCGAAGAGUGAAUACCAAAUGUCUCAAAAGUGCUAUCGUACACAAGAUAUUACAUAUAUAUACCAUACGACUAAUAAACAUCUAACAUAAAAUCGCAUAUAUAUCGCACAUAUUGAUUUACAGAAUAUAACAUACAAUUAUACUAGAAUCUCAUUGGUUGAGAUGAACUUAUGCUAUACAUAAAGCUAUGCUAUUUUAUGUGAUCUUAAUUAAGAACGCGCUUUGUACGCAAAUAGAAUUAUUUAGAUCUUAGAAUUGAGUUAUGGUCAAAGUUAUAUUUUUUUGUUGAAGUUUCUCAUCAAUUACUACUUGAAACUGUUAGCUGGUAUUGAGUUAAACACGCAAAUGAUUUGGUCAUAUGGCCAUGCAAGCAAGGUAUAUUUGACGACAGGCGAGCCAGAAAACAUACAUGCGCCUCCGUCACAUUGUCUAUAUACCUUGAUAUCAGCUAACAGAUUCAGAUAGUAAGUGGUAGAAAAACUUUUAUACAAAAAAAUGUUAUCUCGAAUCUGGAUCAUUUUAUUUGUUAAACCGCAUUCUUAGUUCCGUUAUCGAGGCACUUAUUACUUUGUACUAUUUUAUUGCAGCAAAUCACAUAAAGUCAAACAAUUUGUACAUCACUGACUUACAGGAAGAUUAUAAUAAAUAUGUAUAGAAAAAUGUAUAGACUGUCAAUGGAAGAUUUUUAGACUUU